CCUGCUGAAGACAGAGUGCUGGGAUGGAGUGAGAAGCAGAGGAUCGAGUACACGGCUCACACAGCUCCAGGGACAAAGAAAGACACCAGCCUGCCGCUCCCCCCCGCCUACAGUCCGGAGUAUGUGGAGUCCAGCUGGUACCAGUGGUGGGAGAAGGAGGGCUUCUUCAGUCCAGAGCAGCAUGAGAGGUUGCCCCACGCUGUGGAUCAGACCUUCUCCCUGUGUAUCCCCCCCCCUAACGUGACGGGCAGUCUGCACCUGGGCCACGCUCUGACUGUGGCUGUGGAGGACGCUCUGGUCCGAUGGCGCAGGAUGCAGGGCCACAGGGUACUGUGGGUUCCGGGCUGUGACCAUGCAGGCAUCGCCACACAGGUAGGACUACUUCUUCUCUUAGUACAUCACAUGGCAUUUAAGUGAUUGGCCAAUAUUCUC